CAAAAUAAUUAAACUGUUUUAAUAUUUUAUACGAAAAUUGAUGUUGAUCCUUUAUCCAUAAGUACACAAAUUGAGGAUAAUGGUGUUUUCCUUAAAUUUUGUUUGUAACGAAAUUCAGUACAAACAAGAGCAUAUUAUACCAUUUGUUGGAAUAAUAUUUAUAUGACAUUUGACAAUAAAUAGGUACUGUAUACGUAGUUACAGUAGCUUGUUGAACAAAAUAAAUACAUAAAGCCCACACUUGAUGCAAAAUGUGGGCAUACAAUGGGACUACGCCGCCGCCACCUCCGCCGCCUCCGCUUCACCUUUCAUUCAUCGCUUGCCGAAAUCGUGGAAUUGUUACGCGCAGCGCACGCGGCAACCGACGCCGACGCUCCGCGUAUCGUUGCGCGGCGGAUUAUCGAUCUACUACGACAUCCUGGAAAUAUAUUUCAUAGUAUUUCAGUGCAAAACCUUUCCCAUCUAAAUACUUCGUUUGAGUUUUAAGUUUUCGCUCGCCUUCCGCCGACCAUUAGCACUAUUCGCAGCCAUACGCGGCACAACCAGUCAAAUAUCACGAACAGUCAGAAUUCGCCGAAGCAAUUUAUGUUUCCAUGACAUCUGCUGAACUGUUCGAGGUAAACGCUCAAUAUGCAGCCGUGCAAAUAACACGUACGAAAGACGACAAUGUGUCCGAAAUUGGAGCCAAAGAAGAAUUUUGUCAAACCGCCUCAAUUCGAUAUACUAUGGCUACCAAGGGCUGCUAUGAGGUCGGUGGAGGGCGACCCCUCCGACUGUGUGCUGGUCGUUGGUGUAUCGCGACCGAAAAUGGCGAUGGCGAUUCUGGUCGUUAUGAUAAUCUCGCUAUGCCUUACCUUUCAUUUGAUAUAUGAUAGUGCAUUGAAUAGUCUGCAGCGAACCGGUCACGAUCACUCGCGGCCACCUUUAUUACUGCUAUCGAGAUCGUUAUAUCCUUCUGCCACUCGAAAACUACCACAAGCUAUUAUAAUAGGAGUUCGAAAAUGCGGUACCAGAGCCUUACUAGAAAUGCUAUAUUUACAUCCUAUGGUACAGAAAGCGGCCGGGGAGGUUCACUUCUUCGACCGCGACGAAAACUAUAAUAAAGGUUUGGAAUGGUACCGAACCAAAAUGCCGGAGUCGUACCCCGGACAGAUUACCAUCGAAAAGAGCCCCAGUUAUUUUGUUACACCCGAAGUUCCUGAACGAAUUAGAGCAAUGAAUGCGAGCAUAAAACUGCUGUUAAUAAUACGCGAACCUGUCACAAGAGCAAUAUCGGAUUAUACGCAACUAAGAGCGCAUGCCGCAACGGCCUCACCUGCUGUUACACCACCUCCGACACCCAAGUCCUUCGAACAGCUGGUAUUGCACGCAAACGGCACGAUCAACGAAGGAUAUCGUCCACUAGCAAUAUCAAUUUACCACCAUUACGUGCAUCGCUGGCUGGAGACGUUCGGCCGGCAACAGAUACUCGUCGUCAAUGGCGAUCAACUGAUUGAGGAUCCAGUGCCGCAGCUGCAGCGCAUCGAACGCUUCCUCGGCCUGGAGCAGCACAUAGGCAUGCGCAACUUCUACUUUAACGAAACCAAAGGCUUCUACUGUUUGCGCAACGAGACCUCCGACCGCUGCCUGAAGGAAACAAAAGGCAGGCGGCAUCCGCGCGUUGAUCCAGCAAUAAUCGUCAGGCUGCGUAAGUAUUUCGCCGAGCAUAAUCAAAAGUUUUACGAGUUGAUCGGGGAGGAUCUCGGAUGGCCAGAGGAUUAGGGUUGAUCAUCAAAUACAUAAAUAUUUAUUUUUCGAUGCUCAAAUAAGUUGAUUACUAUAAGUAAGUACGAACGAACAUCAUUGAAAUCUUACAUAAUGCUUUUUUAUAAGUUGGGAGCAUUGCUGAAUUGAAAAGAUAUUGAAUGAAUAAUCAAGUAACAUCAAGGGAACUUAAUUCAUUAAUGAAAGAAACUGAAACCUAAACGGGAAAUUACACAUAUCGUAAACAUAUCAAAUAUUAAUACUUAUACAUAUCAAAAUUGUGAUUUCUAUAUACAUAUAACUCGUAAAAUGAUUAUUAUAUAAAACUAAGCAUAUACUGUUAUUCAAUGUCUACUAAAAUAUGUACUAUACAUUCGUGGUAUGUCUGAUACCCUUCACAUUGCGUAUAUAAAUGUAAGAAUUUACAUUGUUCAAUUUUAUAAAGAAUUUUUAAAGAUUUGUUAUCAAAAAACACUAAUUAAUCGGCUACGUGUGUGUUUGCGUGAAUGUUAAAAAUGUCUAACAUAUACGAUGGAGUACAUAAAACGACAUAUACAAGUAAAUGAAGGGGAAAAAAGUCGCAAUGACGUUUUGAAGUUAGUUUUAGUUGUGGACUUUUAUGUUUACCGUACUUACGUUGGAUGUUAAUUGAUUUAAAAUCGAUUAGAAGUGCGUAAUUACUGUUGCGUAUUAUUUUAUAAGCUAUAGUUAAAUGUACAUAUAAAACAUGAGUUUAGUUACCUUGUUACUAGAACAAUUUGUUAGUGAAUACCGUUGAAAGUUUGUAUCUCAAAUUCAGUUAGCAAUUUGAAGAGCUUCAGAAAGAAUUUAUGGAAAUAAUUUAUCAUUUGUUCUAACUAAACACUUUGACACAGGUUUACAUAUCGUUAUAUGAAAUGAUCAGAAUUCGAUUGAAGUUUAACUUGCAUUGAAACCAGAAAAAAUGUAUUUUGAUAUACUUAUUCACGUUUACGGCCACCAUUUAUAAAUUUAUUCCGGAUAAGAUACAAUUGCUUUCUGAAACAAACUAUAUUAUUGUGAUAAUAAUACAUAUUAAGUAAUUGUUCACUUGUUGGGAAUGCGAUUCUGCAAUCUGAUAGGAAGGCUUAUUCGCAUCAAUACAUAUCACAAUAUUACAAUGAUUUGUUUAAAAUUUAAAUCAAAAGACCAUUGUAAUAGUAAUACCAAAAAGAAUCACGUUCCUAUCACGUUGUAACGAUUUUCAUCACCACAUAAUUCAAUCAUAUUUAACUUCACAUUUGUUAUACCAAUUAAGUAACAGGCAAUAAUUAAUUCUGCACAAUUUAGAAGAGGAAGAUUUAUAUGAACGUUUUACUUAGAUACAAAGCCCGACUUAUGUUGAGAUCUCGUUAGACAGAGAAUUUCAGUUAAUUGUAUAUCUUUGGAUUCACAAUAGUCCUCGACACGGGGGUAUAGAAUUAUUUAGCUCGUAAAUAAUAGAAUAUCAAAUGAACAUAUCAAGAAUAGCACAGAGAAGUAAACACUAAACACGAGGAUAGAAGAAACCAAAUGGGAAACAAAAACAAAAUUUAAACAAAUGCCUAUUAAGAUAGACAAAAUGAUAUUUUGAACAUAAAUUGUACGAAAGCUAAACGAUGCUGAUCAGUGCGUAGAAACAACAAGAGAGUAAAACGUAGAGAAAAAGUGGGUAUAUAAAUCGCGUGCGCAAAGAUGAAUAUUUUUUUACGUAACGUACGUGUAAUUACGUUAAAUUAAACUUUUAAAUGAUAAACUAUACAAAGUACAUAUCAUCAGAGAGAUAUUUCAAACCCACACGAUUUCUUCUAGAUCGUAAAAUACAUAUCAUGACAGCUAAUAGAUUCAAUUUAAUGCGAAAGAUACUUCUUUACAUAUCAUUACAGAGGUGUAAUAAUACAAAAAAAAGUGAGAACAUUUUACAAACAAACACAAAACAUUAUACUGAUAUUACAUACACACAUACAUCACGUACACGUAAGAUUAAAUCUAUGAUCUCUUAAAAAAUGAAGUAAACAGAAGGAAGAAACGUAAAAGUAAAAACAUAUCAUUUACUAAAUAAAUACUGUACACUCUAUUGCAUGUUAUUAUCUAUUUACCAAACAAUGUCGGUAGACAAGCUCGUAAACAUAGUCCGCAAUUUUAGUCAAUUCAGAAGUCAAAAUAACUUGUCUGCCGACAGUUGUACUCUUAUCUAUUCUACGUGUAGUGUUAAUUAAAAAUGUUUAAACACUUUUCAACCUUUCCUUUAACAUGUCGUCUGUAAAUAAACACAGGAAAUGUUAUAUACCAGUAAGAAAAUCAAUUCUAGGCAAUUCAACAGUUUUCUGCGUUUACAUAUUAAAAUGCGAUCGAACCGAUCAAAUAUAAAUGUCGAAACGUUGUUCACUAAAACGAUAAUAAUAAUUUAUUCUAUUUUGUUGAAAAAAUUGUAUUUUUAUUCUCUAAAAUAUAUACGAAUAUCCAAAA